AUGCCCAAGUGCCCGAACGCGACCGCAGAUCUCGCCUCGCGUGGAAUAAUGUUCCGUAAACUCUUCGGAUACGGUCGGUCGUCCCCCGGGACGUCGACGACGGCGCACAACGGCAACACCACCCCAUCCACCGCGGUCGACGCGAUCGAUCGCAUCAAGCGGACGCUGGAGAUGUUGGAGAAGAAGGAGGCGCUGACGAAUCGACGAGUCGAGGAGGAGCUCGCGCUGGCGAGAGAGGAGAAUCGAAAGGGAAACAAGCGACGAGCGAUGCAACAUCUGAAGAAGAAAAAAUUGUACGAGGCGCAGUUGGACGCUCUGUCGACGUCGCAGUUGAAGCUGCAGGAACAGGUGAUCAUGUUGGAGGGGUCUCGGGCGACGAGCGAGACGUACGGAGCGCUGCGCACCGGGGCGGACGCGAUGCGACGGUUGGCGAAAGAAACGAGCAUCGACGACGUGGACGCGACGAUGGACGUGAUCAACGAACAGACGGAGCAGAUGCGUGCGGUGCAAGAAGCGCUCGGACAACCGACUGGUUUGGCGGCGGAGUUUGACGAGGACGAGCUGGAGGAAGAGUUGGCCGAGCUCGACGCCUUGGACGUCGAGAACAAUCUUCUGGACCCAGAGCUCGCCAAGGAAUUGGAAGAGCCGACACUGCCGAGCGUGCCGCUCCCAGCGGUGCCGGCGAGCGCGAGCGCGAGCGCGCUCUCGGCGGACGAAGAGGCUGAAUUGAAGGCGCUUCAGGCCGAGAUGGAGCUCUCCUAG